AGGACAUUUAUCUCAGUCAGCUGAGGCACACUUUGACAAACAGAAGCUGCUAAGCUUGGGGAACAAUGGACGAGUGCUGCUUGUCUCCUGAAGAACAAGAGGGCCAGAGGAUAUCCAGAGAAAUAGAGAAACAACUUAAACGGGAUAAACUAAACCUUAAACGGGAACUGAAGCUGCUGCUUUUAGGAACUGGUGAAAGUGGGAAGAGCACCUUUAUCAAACAAAUGAGGAUCAUUCAUGGCCAGGGGUACAGUGACAGUGACAGAAAACAAUUCACUCGUCUCAUCUUCCAGAAUAUCUUCACAGCCAUCCAGACACUGAUUGGUGCCAUGAAGAAUCUAAACAUUGCCUAUGCUGAUGCCCAAAAUGCUGGAGAUGCAGAGAAACUGAGCAAAGUGGAAGAUUUGAACGUUUUCACGGGCUGGCAGGUGGACGCCGUUAAGCGAGUGUGGAAUGACCGGGGUGUACAAGAGUGCUAUGAACGUAGAAGGGAGUACCAGCUAUCAGACUCUGCCAAAUAUUAUCUGAGUGACGUGGACAGAAUCGCAGUCCCAGGAUAUGUCCCCACUUUACAGGACAUUUUGAGGGUCCGAGUAGCAACGACAGGCAUCAUAGAGUACAUGUUUGAUAUGUCAAAGGUCAUGUUCAGGAUGGUGGAUGUAGGGGGCCAGCGUUCAGAGAGGAAGAAGUGGAUCCACAGUUUUGAAGACGUCACUUCUGUCAUAUUCCUGGCGGCUCUAAGCGAAUACGAUCAAGUCCUUUAUGAAAAGCAGGAUGAGAACCGACUACGUGAGAGCCUCGCCCUGUUUCAGACAAUCUGCAGUUCUAAUUGGUUUCAGAACGCUUCCACCAUCCUUUUCCUGAACAAAAAAGAUCUUCUGGAAGAGAAAAUCACCAAGUCACAUUUGAAAGACUACUUUCCACAAUAUACAGGACCGAGUGGCGAUGCCAAUUCAGCACAAAAGUUCAUCGAGAAGAUGUACGUCGAGUUGCACAAGAAGGAUUCAAAACCCCUCUAUACACACUUCACCUGCGCCACAGACACGGAGAACAUCCGGGUUGUCUUCAAAGCUGUCAAAGACACACUCUUCCAAGAUAACCUUGAAAAAUUCGGCAUUGUAUGAGAGAAAACCAAGUGUUGACUUUUAUCUUCUGUAGCCCAAAAGAACAGUCACAAAUACAUGUUGCAAUGUGUCGAUAUUGGCAUACUGCCAGACUCAGGUUUUUCAACCAUAAAAAAGUAUCAAGGUGAUGGUGUUAAAAUAAUUUUAUUAUACCAAUGUGUCAAAGUAGUAAAUUAUGAAACAAAUUCUAUUGAAGUUAUGCAAUGAUAAUUCAAAAAAUCUUCAAACUUGUUACCUCAAUACAUCAUCCUGAUGUGUUUAAAAGAUUAUCCUCAUAGAUGGCACCAAAAAGACAAAUACAAAAAUGAGCUAAGCAAUCAAAAAUACUUACCGAUAAUACCUCAGAAGGUGACCUAAGUUCAACUGAAAGGUUUAACAUUCAUGUUUCCACCCACCUGCUGUGCAAAUUGUGAGCAAAAUUUUAAAAUGUAAAAAAGAAAGUGCAAAUUUGGUGAGUUUCCACUUAUUGGUUCGGCCACCUGGAGAUCAUUUUUCAUCAGAUGUUGACGCUACACACGGCUGUACAAGAAAAUGAAAAAACACACAUUUUCAGGCAUUAAUCAGAUUUAAAUCUGAUUAACAACCUAAAUUCACGCUUGACUCUGCGGUUAUUAUUCUUCCAGUCUUUAUUCUGGCUUUUCUCAAACCGCGGGUCCAAAUGUCCAAACUUUUGCAAGGUGACAAACUCUGGUUUGGUUUUUAUCCAUUUACAAAACUUCUGUCCCAUCCAAAUUCCUCUGACAUGUUCUGGGUGACCUUUGAUGUGUGGCGCGUCUGUUGGAGUCGGGCCACGACAUCCUCUUUCUAUUCUUUGUAUGACUUGCAGUUGCCACAGAGCAUUUAUAGCAAACCUUAUCAGUAUGCUUAUUGAGGUCUCUUAUUUUGGAAUGACCGAGUAAAUUUAUGCUAGUGUCUUGGAUGGGACAUUACAGAAAGUAAUCCAUGAAAAAUGCAUUAUUACUUUGGCAAAAGGGCACAUUUGGUGUAAUGUUUUUCUUCCUAAGAAAUUAUAAAACCUAUUUGUGCUGGAGCACUGAACACAACACAUUUGGUCACCUAUGUCACCUAUGUUUUCAAAAUGCAAAUCAAUAAGAACUGAUCAUUUUUCUUGAUACAACUUCUUCAGCAACGAUGUUAUUGGACAGGCUUGACCAAGUUUAACUCAGUAUAAUCCAACACUUCCUGCGUGACAGCUUUUAAAGGAGGAAGUAAAAGUCUCCCCAGCAGACAGCUAAAGCACUUGUCUUUUUUUUUCUUUAAUCAACAGUGAUGAUGGGAGUUUUAUUUAAUAAAAUCCUUUAAUAUGUGUUAGUCACUACUAUCUUUUUAAAAUACAAACAAUAAAGCUUCAGAUUGUGUAUGCGUGUGUGAUAAGGCUUGAAUUAAAGUGCAUCUGUGUCUGACUGUUUUCCAUUGUAUGUACAUAAAAAUACACUUUAUUAUAAUUUACGUUUUUUGAAGGAUUUGUGAUGAAAUACAGCAUGUCUAAGACAAAAUCAA